AGUAAUACUACUAGAAACAGUCCUAAACACACCAACCCUCAUUCUCCAUCUCUCAAUAUAACUCUCCCUCUCCCUUUUGUUUCUUCUCAAUUUCCACUUCCAAAAGCAACUCUUCUCAUUCUUAUACACAAAACAAACUACAAAUUCGUGUUCGUCAAGUGAAGUAUAUAUUUGACAUAAGAGGUAUAAUUUUAUAAAGCAAAAAUUUUAGUUAUGGAGGAAGAAACCUUAGCAAGUUCUGAGAUACCAGUGGUGAAGGUUGUCGAUGAGGUAGUGACAAAUGCUGAUUCUAUUAAGGAAAGUGAAAAGAAGAAAGAAGAGUAUGAUUCCACCAUUGAUGGGGAAUUUAUAAAAGUAGAGAAGGAAGCUCUUGCAGAUCAAAAGCCCAUCGUCAUUGAAAGAAGCUCAAGCAAUUCUUCUUCUAGCAGGGAAUUGCUAGAAGCCCAGGAAAAAAUUAAAGAAACUGAGGUUGAAUUAGUGAGAUUAACAGAAGCUUUAAAGGAUUCUGAAUUGGAGAACAAAAAUUUAAAUGAUGAACUUUUACUUGCAAAGGAAAAACUGGAAUCUAGCGAUAAAAGUUAUAAUGAGCUUGAGCUUGACAACAAGAAAUUGCAACAGAGUAUUUCUGAAGCUGAAGAGAGAUAUACUCUGCAGCUUAGCACACUGCAAGAGGCCUUACAAGCAGAACAGAUGAAGCAAAAGGAGCUGAGUGGUGUGAAAGAGUCCUUUGACAAUCUUCAAAGUGAGCUAGAGGAUACUAAAAAGAAUAUGUUGGAGGUUGAGCAGCAGCUGCAAUUGUCCGCAGGUGAGGCCCAGAAGUUUGAGGAGCUUCAUAAGCAAAGUGGUUCACUUGCCGAGUCGGAGACAAAAAAGGCAUUGGAGUUUGAGGGUCUACUUGAAAUGGCAAAAGCUAGUGCUAAAGAAGUGGAAGAUCAAAUGGUUUCUUUGCAAGAAGAACUUAAGGGCUUGUACACGAAGAUUGCUGAAAAUGAAAAGGUUGAAGAAGCACUCAAAGUUACCACUGCUGAACUCUGCACGGUUCAGGGAGAGGUAGAGCUUUCAAAAUCACAACUGGUGGAGACAGAAAAUAGGCUUGCUUUAAAGGAAAGUCUUGUAAAUGAGUUGACACAAGAACUGGAACUGCGAAAGGCUUCUGAAGCUCAGGUGAAAGAAGAUUAUUUGGCAGUAGAAAAUCUUCUGUCAUCAACAAAAGAGAAUCUUCAAAUUAAAGUUUCUGAAUUGGACGAUAUCAAGUUGAAGCUGAAUGAAGAAGUCUGUGCAAAGGAACUUCUUGAAGUAAGUCUAAAGAACCAGGAAUCAGAAGUACUGAUGCUAAAAGAGGAAUUCAAAAAAGUAACAACAGAGAAAGAAGCUCUUGAGGCUGCAUUAGCUGACCUUAAUAACAAUUUGGCAACAACCAAGGAGUUGUGCAAUGAUCUUGAAGCAAAGUUACAAGUUUCUGAUGAGAACUUUGGUAAAGCAGAUUCUCUUUUGUCUCAGACACUGGCAAACAGCAAGGAACUGGAACAAAAGCUUAAAUCACUGGAGGAGCUUCACCAUGAAUCUGGUUAUGCAGCAACAACUGCCACACAAAAGAAUGUUGAGCUUGAGGAGGUUUUGCAGGCUUCGAAGGCUGCAGCAGAAGAAGCAAAGUCUCAGCUGAGAGAACUUGAGACUCGUUUUAUUGCGGCUGAACAGAAGAACUUGGAGCUGGGACAACAGCAAAAUCUUCUGGAAUUGAAAUGUAAUGAUGCUGAGAGGGAAGUAAAAGAUUAUUUAGAGAAAAUAUCUGAACUUAGUGCUCUGCUGAAAACUGGGGAGGAAGUGAAUAAUGAGCUUACUGAGCAAAAGCAAGGAUAUGAAGGUAAGAUAAGUCUUCUGGAGUCUGAAUUAAGCUCUUUAUCUGCUAGAUAUUCAGAACUAGAGUCGGAGUUGAAAAGUGCCAUAGAAAAAUGUACUGAACAUGAGGAGAAAGCUAACUCGACUACUCAACGUGGUCUUGAACUAGAAGAUCUAAUUCAGUCAUCGCAUUCCAAAGUAGAGGAUGCUGAGAAGAAGGUGAACCAGUUGGAGCUUCUACUUGAAACUGAGAAGUAUAAAAUUCAGGAGCUUGAAGGACAGAUAGGUACCUUGGAAAAUAAAUGCAGGGAAGCUGAAGAAACCUCGAAGAUUCAUUUUGACAAGGCAUCAAAGCUGGAGACAGAAAUAGAGGGUUUGCAAUUAAAACUAUCGAGUCUUGAGGCAGCACUGCAGUUGGCAAAUGAAAAGGAGAUUGAGUUGACUGAAAGUUUAAAAAUAACAACAGAGGAGAAGUUAAACCUGGGAGAUGCACUCAAAAACUCAACUGAGAAGCUUGUUGAAAAUGAAAACAUACUUGACAUCUUACGCAAUGAAUUGAAUCUCACUAAAGGGAGAUUAGAAAGCAUCGAAUGUGAUCUUAAGGCUUCUGGAAUGAGAGAAACUGAGGUCAUGGAGAAGCUUAAGUUUGCAGAGGAGCAAAUUGAGAAACACGGAAGUGCACUGGAACUAGCUACAGCAAGAAGCUUAGAGCUCGAGUCAUUACAUUCAACUGUUACGAAAGACUCAGAACUCAAAUUGCAAGAAGCAAUUGCUAGUUUUACCAGUAGAGAUUCUGAGGCGAAGUCACUGCAUGACAAAGUGCAGGCUCUCGAGGAUCAAGUGGAGAUUUAUAAAGAGCAAGUGACCGAGGCAGCUGAAAAAUCUGCAUCCAUGAAAGAAGAGUUUAAUCAGAUUGAAAUUAAACUGGCUUCUUUAGAAAGCACAAAUGAAGAACUCAAGAAGAAGGUUGUGGAAGCAGAAGAUAGAGCUGCACAGUCAUUCUCAGAGAACGAACUGUUGGUGCAGACAAAUACAGAGCUCAAGAACAAGAUAUAUAACGAGCUUCAAGGGUUACUAGAUUCUGCAAAUGCUGAAAAAGAAGCCAUUUCUCAACAAGUUUUAGCUCAUGUAAACACUAUCGCAGAAUUAAAUGAAGCACAGGCAAAGGCCAGUGAGCUUCACUCGGCAACAUCAACAAUUGUUGAAGCUCAUAAAGCUGAACUUGAUCAGGCGCUGGCUAAACUGAUAGCACUUGAGAGCAAGUAUGCUCAACUAGAAAAGGAAAACGAAGGGCUCGCUGAAGUAAAUUUAAAGCUUACCCAGGAACUAGCUGUUUGCGAGUCUAGACUGAAUGAUCUGCAAACCAAACUGUCUGCAACAUCUUCAGAGAAAGAAGAAGCUUUUAAACAGCUUCAAUCUUCCCAGACGGUACUUGAAGAACUGAAAGCGCAGCAGAUUUUAGAUGGCGAUAAGUUACAAUCUCAGAUAUCAUCUUUGGUGGAAGAAAAGAAUCAUCUGGCAGUAACAAAUGAAGAGGCCAAGAAGGAGCUGCAGACGGUAAUACUACAGCUAGAAGGACAGUUGAAAGAUAAUAAGUCGCAGGAGGAUGCUUUAAAAACUGAAAUUGACACUCUCAAGGCUGAGAUAGCUGAGAAAUUUGUCCCCAAAGACAGUUUGAAGAAGUUAGAAGAACAAAUUGCAAAAGCUGAGGCUAGAACAAAAGAAGAGAAUGUCGGAGCUGGCGGAAAUGAAUCAAAGGAUGGAGUAGAAGUGAAAUCUAGAGACAUUGGAUCCCUCGUUUCAACUCCAUCAAAACGCAAAAGCAAGAAAAAGCUAGAGGCGACAUCUUCUCAAAUUUCAUCUGCAGACACGCAAACUCAAACAUCAGGGGAUUCUUCUGGACUAAGCUUUAACAUCAUCUUGGGCGUAGCUCUGGUUUCGGUGAUCAUUGGCGUAAUUCUUGGAAAAAGAUACUAAAAUAUGAUUGGAAAGUUUUGGUUUUAAUUUUUUGGCUUCAUGAUCUUCUUCUCUGUCACAUAUUGAUGAUUGUAAUUUGUGCGCAGCAGAUUGGUAUAUUUUGGUGGUAUCUUAUUUUUGGUGACUAUUUAAAGUUGGUCAGGGACAGUUUUAUUUGUAUCCCCAACCUGGUUUGCAAGACUAGCUGAUAUGAGUGCAUAGGAGAAAAAAUCCAGCUCAUAUCUGUAUCAUUCAUGGUUUUGUUUUUUUGUUUUUUUUUUUUAAUUUAUUUGUUUGAGUAUC